AGGACUGAAGUGCAUAAUGCACACUUUAUAGUUUAUGCUUUUUUAACAUCAUCUAAAUUUAUCUAAUGUUCAGAUCAUUUAUAUUUUAUAUUAAUUUAAUGAGUUCUUCGGUACUACAUAACGACCAAUACUAAAUAUUAUGUUUUAAACCAUUUUCUUAUGGCUUGUGCAUUGUAUAGCAUUAGCUGUCAAAUGUUUAUAUCAAAAUUAUAAAUUAAUGCUUCUAAGUUUUAACUCAUAAUAUGUGAAAAUAUAACAAUGAAAACCAUCUGUUAAAUAUGAGAACUGUAGAAUCGCAUUUAUUGGGUGAUAAAAUCGAUGAGGCUGUUACCCAUUAUAUAAAUACACAUCAGUCGGCCGAGACAGUCCAUGUAGAUCCCAAUUUAUCAUUAAACAUUCAAGAUGAUGGAGGUGGUAGAGUGGUUACAGUUAUGCACCCACAAGGCUAUCAACAGCAGGUUUGCAGACAGAUAUCGGUGGGUGAGCAGAUUGGAGAUGGACCUUGGGCUGAAGAAUUAUGGGAUGGCAGGCUUGCUGCACUUGUGGCACAUUUGGCCCAACCUAGUCGCACUUCUCAUCACCAGGGACAAAACCCUCAUAAGCCUUCAACAGUAGUACGAAGUGAUAUGGAUACUUCUGUCAUUCUGGAUGGUUCCAUGAGGCUUUUUAAUGGACAGUCUUUGGAGCACCAUCAGGAGCAGUUAACGGUACAAGUGUCAGACCUACCGCUACCUCCACUUCAGGAUAUGAAAAGGUGCCCUGACACUGGUUGGUUUAAUAAGAAGGAUACAGUAAAGGGUGAUAGUGAAAUUUUAGAAGAUAGUCGGAUACUGGAAAUGGCAUGUGGUUCACCGGCACAAAGUAAGCAGAACAAGAAAAGCUUGCCACAUAAAAAACGGAUCUCGAGGAAGUUAAAGAGGAAUACUGGCAAUACAACACCGAGUCAGCAGGACAUUGUAGUGAUCCAGUGCAGUGAGGAGGUUCAGCCGGAGCAGGAGGAGAUUCUGCCCGACAGUUUUGUGGAUUCUUUGCCUCGACACCAUGACGAAGACCAGUUGCCGGUUCACACACAUGUUCCUCAGAUCCGUGCAGUGCUAGUCUGUCAGCUCUGUGGUCAAUUCUUUGGGGAAGAGCAGCUGAAGUUCUACCACCACCUGCGGCAUCACUACGAACCGCCUGCCGCCCUCACUAUCGACAACCCUGUGUCUGACAUCGCAAUUGAUAAGAUUACAAACACCUGUAUAGUAGACAAUGGAGCCACACUCCCCGAUUCGAUAGUAGAAUUGUCUCUAGAAAAUACGGUGCCGAAGACAAUGUACCAGCCCAUAGACAAGCACAUACUCUACGAGAAGCCGCUCUAUAAAUACUCUAUGGUCAUGGAGAAAUCUGUGGAAGGUGAAUUGGACGAUUCUUUGGACAAACUCGAGUUCUAUUGUUGUGUUAAGUGCAAUAAAUCGUUUCGAAAGCAAAAACAAUUUGAGUCCCAUUUACGAGAGAUGCAUACUUUGACAAAGUUAGAAGAUAUGGGCGAGUUCAGUGAGCCUGAAGAUCUGAUGGAAGGCAUCCACGUGGCGGUGGACGAGGAGCAGGAGCCGGAGCCUGCCAACGGGCAGACGCCCGAACAGGAUGCCCACGACCAGUACGACACGGUGUUGCCACAUUUAACUGUCGACAAUGGCCAUGUGCAUCAGGAGCAUAUCCGGCAUUGGUAUUCGCGUAGCGGCGGCGAGAGCCCCGAAGUAGGCUCGAUAUGCGCGUGCGGCGGCACCGGCUGUUGCCCCAUGUGUGCGCCGCCUUACACUCAGCAGAGGCAUCAGAUUGUGUCGAGAGAGCUACAAAAUUUGCUGGAGACAAACAUACCGACGAACCCCGCUCAGGAAAAUCAAAAGGAAAACGAGAAGUCGCCCAAAAAGGGCAAAAAGAAAUCCAAUAGGAAAUUCGAGUGCGUCCAGUGUGGACGGGUGUUUGAACACCGUAACAGCAUGCUCUACCAUCUCCUCAUGCACCAGGGCAAGAAGCACCCUUGCACUGUUUGUGGGAAACGGUUUUUCACCACUGGCUCGCUUAAGGUUCACAAGCGAACUCACGACGGCGUUAAGCCGUGGAAGUGCGAAGAGUGCGGACAACGCUUCCGACGAUCGGGAGACCUCAAGUACCACAAGGACUCCAAACAUUCCACUGAGAAACGCUUCAAAUGCGAAUUCUGCGUGAAGGAGUUCUCUCGACGGUACUCGUUGAGCGUCCACCGGCGCAUACACACGGGCGAACGGAACUACCCUUGCGACAUUUGCCACAAGAGCUUCCGCGCCGCCUCCUACAAGCAGAUUCACAUGCGGACACACACGGGUGUGAAGCCGUACCAAUGCGAGCAUUGCAACAAAUGCUUCCGCGUGCCCUACGACUUGCGCCGGCACGUCCGAGUCGUACACGAAAAGAUAAAAAAGGAAGACGAUUCCAAAAAAAAGGAUAAAAAUAAAAAAGAAGAGAAACCAAAGGCGAAGGAGAACAAGAAGAAAACUGUCAAACCGCCCAACGUCACGAUUCAGAAAUCCGCGAAGCUAACGGAGCUCGGCUUGAGUCAGUGCAAGGACUUUUACUACGCGGACCAGGAUAUUAAGCAGGAGAUGAAGUUUAGGAACGAAAUGGGGGACGAGUUUCGGGAUAACACCGAUGGGAAAAUGCCCAUUUUCUCCAACGUCGAGAAGUCGAGUGUGGUCUUAAACGAACUCAGGAGCUUGGAAACGAGUCGAAGAGAUGUGAAUGGAGAUAUUGAAAUGUUCGAUAAACUUGCCCUCUACAACAUGCCAGCGGUUUGACUCCACAAUUCCUAUUCGAGUUAAACUAGCAAAUUUAUUAAGAUUUUAACCUAAAGUAGCAUUAUAUUUAACCUCAUGAAACAUGUCUCCAUACUGAUACAAUAUGUUUACACUCGCAGGCCCGUCUAAUAUUUCUUCUCGAAACACUAUCUCGUCUUGAUGAUUGUCAAAUAUUGUAAACAGGUCUCGAUUAACGUUCUAGAAUACGGACCGUAAAGUGUAAAUAAGGGAAAAUGCUGAUCUAGCAUUCUAAAAUGUUUGUCAGUCACUUGUCGUUUAGCAUUCUACAAGUUGACCUGACGCGUUAAAUAAUAGGGGCCUAAAAUGGCAUCCCUAUAUUAUAUAUAUUGCUAAAAAUAUGUAUAUUGGUAACUUCAGUGUUGCCAUGUGAUAUUUUAAAUAUGGCAACAGUUUUAACACAGAAAUUAUGAAUAAUUAAUUAUAUGUUAUUUGUAUAUACCGCUUUAAUAUAAGAACGGGCAAAUUGUUAUCCCUGAAGUGGGUAAUGCGACUGAUAUUAAACUAUUUCAUAAUA